AUGAAGAUUCAAGCGGGCCAAUUGGGUCUGGACGACAACGGUGUGUCGGAACUGCUACCGGACACACACAACGAAACCUCAUCACAAACGCAAAAUAUCACGCCAAUGUUUAAAUUGGGCAACUUUGAAAGCCCUGUGCUCAAAGAGCUGUCCCGGCGAACGGUGAAUAAAGAGCUGGAGACGCAGAGAAUCAUGACAAGCGCGAUUGCGUUUGCACUUUGGAACCUCCUGAUGAAGUUUAUUAGGUUCUUUCGGGACAACACCCAUGUCGGAACACAGUUUUGCAAUAGGUUGUCCAGAAUCCAUCUGUACUUGUUAACCUUUCAUGCGGUGAAGCAGGUCAACAUCAUAUACUAUUCGACGUUUAGCUGGUUGACCGCAGAACUUGUUGACUAUUUGUUCCAGCUGGCGAUCUCACUCAAUAUACUGUUCUCAUUGUGGAAGCUCUUAUCCACGGUCAACGUCAGUGAUUUGAAUUUGACUAGAAAGCAGAGGAGGCUCUUGGGUGUGGACAUACAGCCACUCGUCAACGAUGGCCUGCAACCACAACAGCCGCAUUACGUUUCCACUUCCAGGACUAACAAACCAGUACAAAACAAAACGCAUAUCCCUCGGACCAGCACUAAAAAUCACCCAGCAUAUCUCUUUAGGGGCCUGGAGACACCUCUAAAAGCAAGACAAAGAGAAACAGCAGCGGAACGAGCAAACCUGUAUUCUCAUUCCGCACUCACGAAGAACGUCUUUGGCAAUCUACAGAGAGACGACGGUACCAGUAACACGUUAUUGGGAGCUUAUAGUAACAAUAACGAUAGUAACUCGCCGCACACACCUGUAACUAGAAAGGGCUACAUUCCAAGUAGUAAAUACGCAUACAUGAUGAACUCGCAGACUCCAAGGGGGAAAAUAUAA